UGUAUAUGCAAGCGAAGGGAUUGCUGUAUACUACAGACUUGGUGUUUCAACGUGAACAAGCUCGUCGAGUCAUGCUGCGUUUGGCCGUUUUCAUCACAGCAUUUACUUUAUGUAAUGCUUUCUUCUGGGGAAAAUCUCCAGACUGGGACAGACUCCAAGUCACAUUUGGACUAAAUAUAUUGAGCUCAAACGUCUUCGCCAAACUUCCGAGGACAGAGUCGGACGCAAUCGAGGACGGAUACUCUCUCAUCUCAAACUGUGGAGAGAACUCUAAGUUUGCCGGUAAGCGCUAUGCCAAGGACGGAGACACAGCUGUCAUCCUCAUCUUCGACGUGAAUGGCUACAUCGCUGGCCUACAGGCAGGGAUUCCCACUGGCCAAGACAACGGCUACCCAUUUGCACGUAUGAUGAACAACCCCUUUGUGACGGACAGAGACUACUACUUCAUUACAGCCUACUUCACUGACCCAAGUGCCAUUUGCAGCGUUGGCCGGACGGCUGAAAUGUUCUCAUCUGAAGGAACAGGAACACAGCUGCUGAUUCAAAAUGGCUCCACACCGAGGAACGUCAUCAAUAUCCCAAUGAACGAAGCCGACACAGCGGGAAGCGGAUGGGGUAAUGGAAAAUGUUUUUUCGGAAUGGGAGUGCACUAUUGGUACAACAUACAGAAGGACAUGAGCUGUGAUGACUUCUUCCCAAUGUUCCUGUUGUACAAUAAUAAUAAACUUGACGGUUUGGGCUGGGCGUUCGGCACAGACCUGCCUUCCCCUCGCUAUGAACAUCCCGAUUCGUCGACUUUUGAGAAAUUUAUGGAUCCUGUUCCCGAAUGCCUCAGUUACCAGGGCCGUCUUUCCACGAUGCAUAUUUACAUGUCCAAUCCUUUGCUGAACUUCUGCUGAGUGAGACCUCGCUUGUACUGGUGGUGUCGUCAACCAGGACUGCCUGCUGACUGCAAACUGAAGUGACAUGCUUAUCUGUCAUUUUGGAUUGACUUGAAGUCAGCACUUAGUGUGAAUAAAUAAAUUAUCCUCCAGA